GCAGCGCUGGCAGGAUCAGGGGCUGUGCGAGCGCCAGGGCAGGCGGCAGCAGCAUGUGUGCGGUGUCUGGGGCUCAGGGCGCGAGAACCACGUAAGGUGCCCACCGGAGCCUCCCUCCUCACCCGCCUCCGCGGCCCCCGGCAGAAACUUCACGGCUUCCCCACGCACGGUCCGGGCUUCUCCGGAGGGGCUUGGCACCGACAGCCGCAUGCAUGACACUCCGAAAAGGAGAGAAAAUGACCAUAAGUAUCCAGGAGCACAUGGCUAUUGACGUCUGCCCCGGCCCCAUCAAACCCAUCAAGCAGAUCUCCGACUACUUCCCCCGCUUCCCCCGCGGGCUCCCCGCCGCCGUCGGCCGCAGCAGUGCCCUGCGCCCCGCGGUCAGCCAGCCCUCCGUGAGCCCCGCCGAGGGACCCCGGGAAGAUGAUGAGGACGUGGACCAGCUUUUUGGAGCGUAUGGCACGACGCCCGCCGAGCAGCCGGCCAAGAGCCAAGCGCCCGAGGAGGUGGUGGACCCCGAGGGCUACGAGUCCGACGACUGCACCACGCUGGGGACGCUGGAUUUCAGCUUGCUCUACGAUCAAGAGAACAACGCUCUCCACUGCACCAUCAAUAAAGCCAAGGGCCUGAAGCCGAUGGACCAUAAUGGGUUGGCUGAUCCAUACGUCAAGUUGCACUUGCUUCCCGGAGCCAGUAAGGCGAAUAAGCUGAGAACCAAAACGCUGCGCAACACUUUGAACCCCACCUGGAACGAGACACUCACCUACUACGGCAUCACCGACGAGGACAUGAUCCGCAAGACCCUGCGGAUCUCGGUCUGUGACGAGGACAAGUUCCGCCACAACGAGUUCAUUGGGGAGACGCGGAUCCCGCUGAAGAAGCUGAAGCCCAACCAGACCAAAAACUUCAACAUCUGCCUGGAGAAGCAGCUGCCGAUAGAUAAAACAGAGGACAAGUCGCUGGAGGAGCGUGGCCGGAUCCUCAUCUCCCUCAAGUACAGCUCUCAGAAGCAGGCGCUCCUGGUGGGCAUCAUCCGCUGUGCCCACCUGGCUGCCAUGGACGCCAACGGCUACUCCGACCCCUACGUCAAAACAUACUUGAAACCAGAUGAGGACAAGAAAUCAAAGCACAAGACAGCGGUGAAGAAGAAAACACUGAAUCCUGAGUUCAAUGAGGAGUUUUGCUAUGAGAUAAAGCACGGUGACCUGGCAAAAAAGACCUUGGAAGUCACCGUGUGGGACUAUGAUAUUGGCAAGUCAAACGACUUCAUAGGUGGAGUGGUGUUAGGAAUUAAUGCCAAAGGUGAGCGGCUGAAGCACUGGUUCGACUGCCUGAAGAACAAGGACAAGAAGAUCGAGCGCUGGCACACGCUAACGAACGAGCUGCCGGGCGCCGUCCUCAGCGACUGAGCUCCACGGGGCCGCUCCCGGGCGGCCACAGCUCCGCCACAGCCUUUGGACUUCUCUCCUUUACGGCUUCGGAUACGGGGGAUCGCGGCACCGGGGCAGCCGGGAGAGCGGGACACCCCUCGGCACAGCCUGGCUGCGGGGAAACCCCUGCCAAGGGGAGAAGGCGGCGGUGCUUUGCUCCGCCCAGCCCGUCCCAAAACUGCCUCCCUGCACCCUGACACACUCACGGCCCCGCCCACGGGCAUGCACGUGCACACACACAUAUAUGUGUACACACACACACACACGUGUGC